ACCCCCAACACACAAAAGAAAGAGAGAAUGUAGAAAGACUCAAAGACUUCAGUUUUGUUUUUUUGCUGAAAGAUUAGUUGAUUUCACUGAUUUACUGAAUUCUGAAGAAGAAGAAGAAUUUGGAAGUAAAAACCAUAAGGGGUGUAAGAAAAGAAGAAAAAGAUUGAGUCUUUUUAAUCUGAUUUUGGUUAUCUGUUGAAGUCUCAGUUUUUUUUUUGUCCAACAGACCCUUCUCUUGAACUUUCUUUUACAGAAAGAGUCUACAAACGAGUUCCCAAUCUGAAGUGGUUGUCCGUGAAGUUGGUGGUACUACACAAUGGCAGACGUCAGUGCUAUGACUGAUACGUCAACAGAUGUUGAUACAGAUGAUAAAAACUUGAGGUUUCUAAACUCUCUAACAUUGGGCGCCACUUCCGAUGCAAGUGACAAAACCAGAGACCAAAAGACACUUCGUAGGCUUUCCCAAAAUCGUGAAGCUGCACGAAAGAGUCGUCUAAGGAAAAAGGUAGAUUCUCUUACGGUUGCACUGCUGUUUACUUUAUAUAUAAUUUUUCCUUUUGUACUUCAGAUUGAUUUGCAAUUAGGUUAACAAUCCAAUGGCUUU